CAUGUAGACCUUAAUGUCUGCCCCUACUACCCCGAAGAAGUCGAGAAUACCUGCGCCAUAUUUCUCGCCAUCCAGAACUUCACGCUACUUCAGCUGCUCCGAUGUGCCGACCAAGCCCAGGAACCAAGCGAGGACAGUCCAUGUCGUGCUUGCGGAAGUGGACAGUGAUUUGGUCGGAGUCAGCGAUCAACAACUUGGAGACAGUCAAACUGAGCUGGUUCGCGAUCCUGCAUUCUUGUGUUUCGGAGACCUUUUCAUCCAAACAUAUGACGAACUCUGGCGGUCUAAGCCUAUCUUGAUCCAGGAACAUUUGAGUGGAGAUCCUUGGACGUUGCUCAUUGCAACCACCUUCCUCAACAAGACGGCCGGUAAAUACGCAAUUCCCAUCUUCUGGGAGGUUCUCAAGAAGUGGCCUACGCCGGAAGCACUCUCUGCAGCGAACGAGUCCGAGCUUGUAGAGCUCAUCACACCGCUCGGACUGCAGCGCCAGCGGGCGAAACGAAUAAUUAAGCUUUCAAAUGCGUACUUGAAGGACCCGCCUCUUCCUGGCGUUCUCCACAGGUCGAAGGUAGCGGGUGCGUCUACCGCUGCCUGCUCGGGUGCUUCGGAGGAUAGCUGGAGCUUACCAGCAACUCGCUAUCCUCCGACUCCCAUAUCGCACCUUCCAGGUGCUGGUCCGUAUGCUCUCGAUAGUUACAGGAUCUUCUGCGCCAGGGAUGACGAGUGGAAAUCAGUCAGACCCUCCGACAAGGAACUCAUCAAGUAUCUGAAAUGGAAGUGGGCUGUGACUUCUUUCGAUCUGUGGGAACCCGAGAGUGGGGUUCUGAGGAAGAUCGCGCUCGAAGAGAUGCAAGCUUUAAUCGCUGAACUUGCAGCAGCGCACGGAUGCCAUGGUCUACUGGAUCGCGUCUAA